GUCAACAAAGUGACCAUGGUAUAUAAGGGUGCUCUAAAAUAUCAUGUAAAAAGUAAACAACAUUUUUGUAGAUUGUUCCAAUCGAUUAAAUUGUUGUGUUAAAAAAUAUAUUCAAUUUAGAGAGAGAGAGAGAGAGAGAGAGAGAGAGAGAGAGAGAGAGAGAGAGAGAGAGAGAGGAGGGGAGAUAGGAAAGGAGAGGGAGAACACCCUUUACAUUGCGUGUCUAACUAAAUAUAUUUGCGUAAAAUCGAUUGGAACUUUUUUCCAGUCUGGUGAGUGUAUGAAAGUAAAGAAAAUUGUUGCGAAGGGUCGUAAGACCUUUUCCGCCGAGAAGUCCAUCGAAGAGAUUCACUAAUCGUCUUCUGGUUGUGAGUAACGCGUCUUGAAAAGAUUACCCCCUCCAUUCUUGAACGUAUAGUAGGAAAAAGGGUGAGGGUUCUCAACCGAUCUCGAUGCAAUUCUAUUCGGACGGCAAGGAUCGGUAUAGUGGAAUCGGUGAAUGUACCUAACAUCUUCUGACUCUCUCUCUCUCUCUCUCUCUCUCUCUCUCUCUCUCUAUCUAUCUAUCUAUCUAUGUAUCUAUCUCUCUCUUUCUCUCAUUCUCUUCUCUUUUCUUCUCUCGGAGGGUCGUGUCCGUUUUCUUCUUCAGUGCGUGCAUUACGCGAAUACCGUCGGGUACUCGUUUCUUGUGGCGCCUACGUGGCACGCGCUUACGAGUACCAAGAAUAUUAUACUAUUAUGUCGAAAAGACAUAGUAGAAACUUUGUAAAGAUCUUUAGAGUAAUAAAGAGAAAGAGAGGUUUAUAUACCGAAGAAAACGAAUAUAAGGAAAAGCAUAGUGAAUGAGAAAAAAAGUUAGAAAGGGUGGGGAGAGACAGAGAAGAAGAAAAAGAAGAGAAGGAGGAGGAGGAAGAGAAGAAAGAAGAAGAAGAAGGGAGUCAAGUCAGUAUCCAUUUAGGGCGAAUCAAGAAAUUCACUUUACGUUAAAAAGCUUCCUUAGUUGCAAGUGCAAGACAUUUACUAUAACUUAAGAAAUGAUGUUUCCUCGGUUAUUUUCACGAUCAUUACGAUAAAUUUUUACAAAUUUUACGCGUUUGUUUGAUAAUCCUAUUUGAUUAGGUAUAUACGUUUACGUAGGAAAAAUUUUUAACAGGAUAUAUUUAUCGCCUUUCUAAUGAUCGAUUAUCAAAUAUAAUGAUGCAUAGAAUCUUGUUAGAUCGUCAAUAAUAAUUGUAACAUAAGUUAAAUGAUUUUUGAAAGUGUCGCGUAUUAAAGUGACUGAUUUAUAGCAUUGACGUCGUUUACACCGUACAAUUUAUUCGAUCAUUUUAUUCUAACUCAAUUUAAAUUUUAAAUACGUCGUGACUCUCGAUUACAAUGGAUCUACGCGUUAUGAAUAUUAGAAGAAAGACUUAUAGAUACGUAUUCGAUAAAGAAAUCGAAACAGAAAAAAACAAAUUUUGCUCGUUCAUUCCUAAUUUAGAAAUAAUUUGAGGUUAGACAAUUAUAGUGAAGCACGCACGAGUUGAGAGGAUUUUGACCUUCUCUAUAACCAGAUAUACAGACAGACUUCCCUUCGCUUGAUUUCUCUCUCUCUCUCUCUCUCUUUCUCUUCCUCUAUUUGUGAACUUUCGAAAGGCUUGGCUCGAAGAGAAAAGUGGAGGUGGUAAAGAAAGAAAGAAAGAAAGAAAGAAAGAAGGAAAGAAAGAAAGAAAGAAAAAAAUAAAGAAUAAAGAAUAAAGAAUAAAGAAGAAGAAGAAGAAGAAGAAGAAGAACGUCGAUGCAUGGUAUACGUAGGAGCGAGGGUAAGCUUCUCAGAUGGCGCUGCGAUCGUCGAACUCGAUCGGUUCACGAACUUUUGAAAGGGCCGCCGCUCCUUAGGAACCAGUUGCUGCAGGUCGUCUUGAAAUACGGACGUGAAAUCUCGUCACUCUGUGAAAAUACGAGGAGGAGGAGAUGAGGAGACCAAAGAGGAAUACAACAUCUCGAUGUACGACGUUCUUCUGUGACCCGAAUGUGUCGUGACACCGUACCGAAGAGUGUUCGGAAAGGAGGAGGAGGUGGUGGUGGUGGAGGUGGACGAGGAAGAAGAAGAGGAAGAGGAGGAGGAGGAGGAGGAGGAGGAGGAGGAGGUAAACGCCUGUGAACGAAUUACAAACGAGUUUCGAGAGACAAAGAGUAUUAAAGACGUGUAAAUUUUAGAAAAAUGGCGUCGGAGGAUUGUGAUUUGAUCGAUCUUGGAAAUGACGUAUGUGUGCCAAGAGUUUCAUUGACCGAUCCAACGCCAGAGGAACAGGAACAUCUACUGGAUGUCUGUCCACCAAAGUUGGAACAGAAGCUGUCCCUGACCGUGAAACAGGAACAAGUUCAGAACGAUAGUGACAACGGUGAUGUCUUGGUGACCUUGGGGCAUGAUCAGGUUGUACCAAUCCGGAAACGAAUCGACGUUGUCUCGUCGGAUACUAUAAAGAGGAUACGUGACAUCACGAGGAACCUCGAACCGGUUAUUAGACGAACUUGUUCAGGGAUCAUUCAGGAUCAUCGGGACAUUGUUGAUCAUGCUAGUUCAGAAAUAAUUAGUUCUUCGGAGGAAGAGACAUUCGAGGCGCAGGAGAUCAACAGUGCUUUUGAUUUUCUUGCUGAACACGAGGACAACGAGGAUCACAGUGAAAGUAAUCAGGAUGAUGUUGCUGGCUCGAAUAGAUCGAUAUCAUCGUCUGCUAUACCACUGAUCGAGAAAAAUGAAUCGUCUUCUUUAGAAAAUCGUCGUAGAAGAAAUAGCGAUAGUUACGAGGACAUAGAACUUGAUAAUCCAGCAUUCGAAUCCUCACUUUAUGAAGUAUCAUCUUCAUCUCGUACGGUAGCUAACUCCUGCUUCGUUGAUUUUGAUCUUGAACUACGAGAUAAAUGUAAGAGACGUGUCCAAGACGAGAGUGUGUUCCUACGUGAUACGAAGAGAAGAUCCUUUCAGAGCGUAGUUCAUCGUAAAUCUUGGGCAGAAGGGACAAAGGGUCAUGGAUCCAAGGACUCUUGCAGAGUCAAUAGAUCUGUUAGCUUGGAAGAGUCUGGUCAGUCUUGUGAACCUGUUGGCUUCUUCACCGGGAAUACACCGGAUGAAGAAUCAACGAUCAGAUCGGAGGAGGCUUGCUCGGAGUGUUCGGAAGUCGAUUGGUCGUGGUUAGAGGAAGUGGAAAGCCUGCGGGCGUCGGAGACGUCCGGCCACGGCGCGGGUUCAGCGGCCAAUGAGCACUUCGAGUUGGUGGGGAGGAACGCGUCCCCGGUGAACGAGAAGACAGAGCGCAGGCGCGACACCGAGGAUCGGCUCGAGGAAGCGAGUCGCAGUGCCGCGAUGUCCGUCACCGCGUCGACGGGAAAGUCCUUAGUAGAUACUCUUUCUCGAUCGGACAACGUUGAUCACCAAAAUAACAAUAAUAACAAUAAUAAUAAUAAUAAUAAUAAUAACAGUAGUAACAACGGUAUAUACGUUGGAAGUGCGAAUAACGAUGAUGUCGAAACGGAAUUGCGUUUCGAUUCGAGCAACGAACUCGAAUCAAAUAAUAAUAACGGCGGUAACAAUCGCGUUACAAAUUCUUGGGUACGCGCCUCCAUGAGGCGGCUACGUCAUUUGCGAUUACCAGAGGGAACACUCGAGCAUAGACAGCGGAACGUUGAACCGACCAAUCGAAGAACGGCUAUCGUUUCGGCGCCAAAUUCGUUGCCAGACAUCGCACUGAUAGCACCUGACAUUUUGGCUGCUCAAACGAAUGGCACUUCGGGUCAUCAUUUAAGGCCAUCCAGUGCGCCAGCUGUUCGGAACAACGCGAGUAACGUUGCUAUUUCUAAUACGAAUUCUACCAACGGUAGUGGUAUUGUUGUUGUUGUUGGUGGUGGUGGUGGUGGUGGUGCUGUUGCUGGUGGUGGUGGUGGCAGUGGGAACGUCGCGACGUCGCGACGACCAGGACGACAACACGGCGGCGCCGUAACUAAUACUACCACCUCGCACUCUCCUACCAGCGUCGCGGCGCCUUCAACGAGAUCCAGGUGUGCCUCGAACGCCGUUAGAGACACUACUUCUUCGGGACAGAGCAGUGUUGCAUCUACUACAACCGGAAGCGACGCAACCGGCUCCUCAGGAACCACGACCUGCUCCAGCUCUUCCAACGGUUCACCAGCCAGCACGGCGACCAGCCCGCAACGCGCUGCCUCCAGGAGGACAUGCGAAAGACAGAGGGGCGUUGACAGAGAUGCUGACAGGGGUGAAGAUGACGACGAAGAUGAGAAUCCUUUGGGCAGGUGGCCACACGCUCUUAGUCCAGCCUUGGCUUGUCUUGGUUGUACACUUGGCCUAUUCAACAUCAGUAGAUUCGCUAUUCUUAGUAUACAAUUCGGAGCCAACUUUAUAGUACAGUUUCUGAUAUUAUCCCUAGUACUUGGAAUACCAUUAUUAACGCUUCAAGUAUGUCUCGGUCAAAGAUUAGCGACUGGGUCCGUCGAUAUGUGGAAAAUCUCACCUCUAUUUCAAGGAGUUGGAAUAGCUUUGCUAACAGCACAAGCGUUCAUUGGAAUUUACAGUAUAGUGGGUGUAUCUUGGAUGUUCGUAUACUUCAGGGAUUCGUUUAUCACGAAGCAAGAUAGGUAUCGAUGGGCAGAACCGUUUCUCUUGUAUCGAGAAGACAGUAGACCUACGCACAAUAGUAGUACUACCUAUAAAUUAUACGAGACGGUUCCGGAUUACUUCAGUGGUGCUGUUUUACAAAGGCAUCAUUUGAACGAACCUGAUCCUGGCAUUGUUACGUUGAAAUUUCAAGUGGCAUUUAAUUUGGCAGUCGUUUGGAUGAUCGUAUUUGUAUCGUUAAGUAAAGGUUUGAGAUCUUAUGGAAAGGUGGUAUAUGUUUUUACAUUAGUACCUGUGUUUGGUACGUUAAUACUCUGUACUAAAUUACUUGGGCUGACACCACCUGGUUCCAUUCAUCAGCUGUUUCCUGCCACUGUUUGGAAUGAAUUUUUCAUUAACGGUAAAUCAUGGGUGGCUGCCUCCACUGAGGUUUUCCUUACGUGGGGUUUACUUGGGGCAGCUGCUAUGCAGAUAGCAGCGCAUAACAAGCAUAAACAUCUUUUACAAAGAGACACCAGUCUUGUCGUGGUGUUGACUUUUGUUGUUUUACUUCUCGCUGCCUUUUUAGCGAAUACCUGUGUACAAAUUCUCCGACAUCAUGGAUAUAUUUACACAACUAGUUCGUUCGAGAGAAUAUCAGGAUAUACGUUUAUGCGACUCGUUAAUCAACCAGCGCCAUCGUGGUACACUAGCACACCGGAAAGAUUUAUGUCUCAUGCAUCUUUUUUGGUUGGUCAACGAGUUACUCGACCAGGUGCUGAUAUUUCAACCGAAUCCGGAUAUCAAGUAUUGAGAUUAUCCACUGAAUUAGUACCUGCCACUCUAGCGUUGCUAGGGACUGAGCAAGUCUCACCAUUCUGGGCUAUAUUGUUUUACUUUAUUCUCAUUUUAUUUGGAAUAGCUCAACAGCUUGCGAUAUGGCACUGUGUGAUAACCGGUAUAAUGGCUAUCAACACGAAGAUGAUGAAAUUAUGGGAGACUACUAUCACGUUUUUUAGCUGCGCCUGUGCUUACAUAUUGGGUUUACCAAUGGCAACAGAGUUGGGCAUUUACGUUGUGUAUUAUCUGGACUAUACGGUCGGUGGGGCAUGGUGGAUAAUGGUUCUGUACUUGGUACAAGUCGGUGCUGUGUUCGCGGUAAGAGGACGACCGCACAGUGGCGAAGCCGUAGUUGCAGAAUUAUUUCCACCUACGGGACGAUGUCUCAGACAUUGGGCUGGUCCACUUCUAUCUUUCACAUGGAACGUCAUUCUACCUGUGACUUUAAUGGUACUCAGUAUUACCGUGUUCAAAAACAACGGAUUCCGAGAGCUCUAUUCGUAUCGUCGAACGAGCAGAGAUUAUUGGGCUGUGUGGGCGAGGCAAUUGGGUGCGGCAAUUCAAUUGAUUCCAAUAUUAACGAUCCCAGCUGUGGCAAUAAUCCAAACUUGUCGAUAUCUCAAUAAUGGUCCGCCUGAUAUAUUCGACAACGAACAAGUGGAAGUUAGCGUAAGUCACUGCGAUCAGUGCAAUGGCAGAAUUCAGCUACUUUAUCGUCCGGCUCUUGAAACCGACGACCCCGCGGAUACUCAUACGCAAAUUGGUAAUGAUACCAGUACCAGUAUUCAUGGAAAUGGUAUUUUACCGACUACGACCGAUGUACCUUUCGAAGAUCCACCACCAAAAUAUACUCCACCACCUAGUUACACGACGGCAACUGGUGCGAGAAUAGCAAAGAUGUUACGUCAAAGUUUUCGACGAAGCGUCAGACGUAUCGCUAAUGUUCUUGGAGAAACUAGUGCACCUAGGCAAAGGCCAGCAUUGCAACCACCACCUCCGGAUUAUGCUACCGUCCUGGUCGAAAUGAAUCAGAAUAAUCAUGGUCGAGACGUUUCGAUACACAUGAACAACGAGUCUAGACCAGACGUGGUAGUAACAAACGUUAGAAGUGGUCGCAAUGGAAGAUCAGCGACUGUAGUUGGUAUUGGUGAAAGACACAGGCCAAAUACCAUCGAUAGGAUGACUAGGAUCGAUUCGUUAGAUGGUAAUAGAAGAAUCACCGUGGAACGUACUCAUUCUACUUUGGAGAGAGGAACUCGUAGUAGAGGAUGUAACGUCAGCAAUAGCAAUUCUUUAUCCUCUGCUAGCAUGAAUCUCACGGCAGCCGAUGUGGCAAAUCUUUUGCGAAGUAGUAUCAGAAGGGGGACAGCUCGAACGCAACAGUCCCUACGUAGAAGCUUCUGUCAAGAUGAACCGACCGCGGCGGUGUCCGUUCAGAAUCUAGUCGAGGCCGCUGCGCCGAUCGGUCAAGACUCCUUGGUCCUUCCGAAGGACGUCUCUCUAGUCCCCAACGAACACAUCGACGAUGAUCGCGAAGACAAGAAGACUGCGGACGAAAUGGAAAAUUCCAUUUCUGUGAUAUAGACUUCGGCCCUCCCUCCCUCCCCUCCCCCCCUCUUUACCUACCUAUACCCCUCCUCCUUCAUUCGUUCGAGCUUUAUUUGCUAUAUGGCAAUAUCCUCCUCUCCUCCUUUAUCAUUCUCAUAACAAAUCAUCUUUGCCUUUGGACGACUUUCUUUCUGAAGGAUUCUUCUCUCCGGUUCUAAAUCUGGACCGCUUACAUGUAAAUUAAUUCACGCUCGCUGCAUCUUUCUCCUUUAGGAGAUUAUAAUUCAUUCGUGUUCUCUUCGUAGUAUUUAUUUCUUUUUCUUUUCAAACGCGUUUAUUGUGUCCCGUCGCAUUUUGAAAUAAUUUACGAAUCAACGUACGAAUCAUUCUUAUUCCGCUCUCAGUUAUAUGUUGGACGAUCGUUAGAAAGAAAAGAAAAAAAAACAAAACAAAAAAGGAUCUAAUAGUUUUUUUUAUGUUCAAUUAGCUCAUGAAAUAUAAAUGUGUGUUCAAAAAAAGAUUAUUAAUUUAGCGAAUUACUGCCUAAGCUCCUUGGACGUAAAGAUUAUUAUUCUAGUCUUUAUUUCUAUGAGCAAAAAGAAAAAAAGAAAGAAAAAAAAAAAAAAAAAAAAAAAGGGAAAGUCAAGUUUCUCUGGGCCUUUAGAAUAUUCGCAUUCGUUUGUGCAAAGAUACAGUUGAACUUAGAUAUUAUUUUUCACGUGAUUACAACUUAGUUGGGAUCAUGCUGUUUUCUUGCUAAUUGGCAUUUUAGAUGAGCUCGUACAAACGAUAUCUUCUUGUAAUAUAAUAAUUUACUUUAUCUCUUCUUCUUUUCUUUUUUUUUUUUUUUUUUUUUUUUUUUUUUUGGAGACAUUCGUUACUGUAAAUAUAUAUAGCAUUUUAUGACUUAAUUUAGGAUGCGGGCCAAUCAACUACUUAUUAAAUAUAUCUUUUAGAGCCUGUUAUAUAUAUAAAUAUAAAUAUAUAUAUAUAUAUAUAAAUAUAUAUAUAUAUUUGAGUCUACGAGUGUAUAGUCCGUCCAACUCAAUAUGUAUAAUAUAUUUCCUUUGAAAACUCUCCAUCAAUUACAAUUGAACCGAUUUAAUAGAUUCAUAUCGUAAUUAAAUUAAUAUACACUCGUACAAGAGAGACCUUCGUUUCAAGUCAAGACUUUCUCAUAGGAAAAGAACAGAAGCGCGUAGAAUUUGCAUCGCUAAGUACAUAACUCCUUUAUAGUGGUGUAAUAUCAUAAAUAAUCUAUCAGCUUUUCAUAAAAUAAAUGUAACUGCUAUACCUGACAUAAUGGACCAUAAUAAAGUUUUUAUGUUCUUUUAUAAUUUUUCUAGUUGUGUGUGUUGUUGCUCUUCCUAAUAAAUAAAUAAAUAUAUAUUGGAUAUAUUGGAUGUUUCAAAAUAAAAAUUUUACAAUCAGUA